AUGAGACGCGCCAAAGCAGAAGCAGAACAACAGUUGCAAGAAAUCCGUGCCUCCUAUGAUGUACUUCUCCAGGUUGUCAACGGCCUUAUGUGUCGUGACGGUGCUACAGCCCUCAAUGUGCUACGACAACUUCGGCAAGGCAUUAGCCCCAACCAAGUCGGACAAAACAGUGAGGAGGGCAAGUCAAUGCUGCCAACAAAUCAACCCGUCAUUGUUACUAUGAAAAGUAGAACAGGCAACACCUACGAUACACAAAAUCAGCAACCGGCCCACAUGCUACCACCUAUAGCCCAAUGGUACGAUGACGACCCUGAAGCAUAUGGGGAACUGUUCUUGUACCUGAAGUCCACUACGCAGGAAGAAGGAGUCGAGGUACUCCGCAGAGUACGACAGGGACAGGAUAUCUCAGACAUACUGUUUCUUGCCAACAACGGCAAUAUACGAUAG